CAACACUGCAGAGACGUAUAUAAGGCAAGGGUCACAACACAGGAGUCUUAGUGCUAUUUUGAUCUGUGAACAGGAUGCAUCUCUUGGCUGUGUUGGUGAGUGUGGUGGUGGGCACUGCUGUGGCUGCGCCUGACCCAAGGUUCCGCUUUGCCUACUCCAUCCCCACACAUGAGGAACUCGUCCCACAGGCAGGAAUCGCCCCACAGCCAGGAUUCGCCCCACAACUAUGGAGACAGUUCAUGGAUAGGAUCGGUCCUGUCUACACCUACGGAUACGAGUUACCUGGUCGGGUCCACUACGAGAGCAAGGACGGCCAGGGGGUCGUCAAGGGCACCUUCGGCUACACCGACCCCUACAAAUCUCCCGCCGUGUGGAAGUACGUGAGUGACACCAAGUCUGGCUUCCAGGUCGAGAGCGACAGUCCCCAGCAAGUACCACAGUCAGAAGAGUCAGCAGGGCAGAGCGUCGUGCACCAUGUACCACACAGCCAGCCACAGGUGGUGGUGCCUCCCCAGCAGCAAGUGAGGUCCCCCGGCGUGGUAGUAGGAUCUCCUGAACAGGAUGUCGCACUCUUGCCCCUCCUGAAACAGGCUGCCGAGGCUGGGCAGGUCUUGCCAGCUGGCUUUUCACCUUCAGGAACACCCCAAUUCGUGGUGACUCCUGAGCUGGCAGAAGAGGCUGGUGGAGUGUCAGCCUUGGCCUACCGGCUGGGAGCCGUGCCUGUAGCAGCUGUGCACGACGUCCAGGUUAGACCCUCACACUUCAGAAACAACCAGGCAGACUUCUCCCCAGUCCUCGUGCACCAAGAACGGCCCGAGGCAAUCUUCUACACGCUGGAGGUGCCUAUCCAGUAACACAAGUAGACUACAGCAACUCUCCUGAUAGCUACAACACACUUUGAAUAACUGUAUUACCUUGACAGCUUCAGUUAGACAUCUUCCGACAAGUUAUAGGAAUACUCUCAUCAUCGACUCAUGUCAAUAGUAUACCACACGCAGUAUCUAACUGUAUGUGUAUUUCAUUGUGUUUAUAUUUAGGAUGUUGCCAAGGGAAGUAAUGAAUAGUAGAUAACAACACAGUCUUAUUAGGAGCAAAAACAUAUUUCAAUUGUUUAAGACGUGGGUGUUAUACUCACUACAUCACACAUACCUUGCUUGUUGAACUCCGGCGAUCAUUCCAGAUGUAUCAAUGGGUGUCGCAGGCAAAAGAGGGCUAAAUAGUACAAUGCUGUUUUCUAUUGACGCUUGUCUUAUUGUUAGUGGUAAAAAUAUUUCCUAAACGAUUUUUCCUCGCCGCUGGAGUACCCCAGGUUGUUAACAGUUAUGUUUUUUCUUCUUCAAAUGUUAUGAAAUCUCUCCAGGAUGAGGCUAUGGUGGAACAAGUCGCUAGCUCAUAUCUAUUAUUGUUCCUCUACGGCAAAGCUUAUUGGAGGUGGACCCGCAUACCUAAUUCGUUUUAGACAGCUAUUUAUAGCGGAGUUUAGCUUCGUCGGUAGUUUAAAGCUUGCAGAACUGGAGAACUCUCACAUUAGGGGCAAUAGGUAUUUCUCUUUCAUUUUCGUCUUGUAAUGACUUUCAGCACACAGGUGGAUACAAGAGUGAUCAUAGAAAACGAACUACAUACUACAUUGAAGAAAACGGUACAACUAAACCUAAGUGAGAGGGAAGUCUAUUCUGUUUCUUAAAAUAAGACAUUCGUAUUUAUUUUUUUAUUUCUAAUACAUAUAAGUUGUGCUUCGUUCCUGUGUAUUUGUUUUGUUGUGUUCACCUGUUAGUAUGGAUACUUUAAGAACUUACGUUUGGGCAUUGUUAUUGAAGAGAUACAUGUUAUGUUCAAUAAAUGUUCACUUACGC